AUGGAGGCGGCGGGCGCGGCGGCGCUGCGGGACCCGGCGCGGCGCUUGCCCGGAGGCUUCUGGGCCGCCGCGGGCGUGUGGCUGGAGCGGCCGCAGGUGGCCAACCGGCGGCUGAGCGGCGCCUGCGUGGAGCGGCCCCUCCGCGUGCCCCGACCGGGCUGCGGGUGCGGCGCGGCGGGCCCGGCGGAGCGCGCGUGGGGGGCCUUCUGCGGCGGCGCGGCGGGCGCGGCGCUGGCCCUGGGGCUGGGCGGCCCCGCCGAGGCGCCGCUGGAGCUGGUGCUGCGCUCGCUGCUGCCCCGCCGCGCCGCCGCGCCCGUCCCGGAGCUGGUGGUCCGAGAUGUCUUUAAUGGGUCGGUAACAUUUUUGCCUUUGGAGCAAACCUGUGAAGGCCAAUACAAGGUAACGGCGGACAAUAUUUAUCAAAUUAGACUUCGGCACAUACAGGAAGAUGAAUGGACUGUGUCAGUGUUCCUAGACCCAGAAAAAUAUAUUUCUGAUGGAAUUGUGUAUCCUAAAGCAACAUGGCUCGGAAGUGAAUUGCUUUCUAAACUGGUUAAAUGGUCUACGGAGAUCACAAGGAAUGAAUUUAAGAGUACGCUCUCUCUCAUUUCUGUAGCUAGAUACAGCAAGGUUUAUCAAGAUUUAAAGGAAAAAUACAAAGAGAUUGUCAAAGUCUGGCCUGAAGUAACAGAUCCUGAAAAGUUUGUCUAUGAGGACGUUGCUAUAGCUGCUUAUCUGCUGAUCCUUUGGGAAGAUGAGAGAAUUCUCAGAAGCCUGUCCAAGAAGCAAUCUUUUGUGGACCUGGGCUGUGGAAAUGGCCUCCUAGUUCAUAUUUUAAGUAACGAGGGGCAUCCAGGAAAAGGGAUUGAUGUCAGAAGAAGAAAAAUAUGGGAAAUGUAUGGCCCACAGACAUGCCUGGAGGAAAAUGCCGUUAAUCCAAACAACCUUUAUCCAGAUGUUGACUGGUUAAUUGGAAAUCAUUCUGAUGAGUUGACACCAUGGAUACCCGUAAUAGCAGCCAGGUCUUCCUAUUCGUGUCGCUAUUUUCUGCUGCCUUGCUGCUUUUUUGAUUUCCAUGGAAAGUACAACCGAAGGCAGAGCAAAAAGAGCCAGUACAGAGAAUAUCUUGAUUUCAUCACAGAAGUCGGGGUUGUCUGUGGCUUUCAUGUGGAAGAAGAUUGCCUUAGAAUUCCUUCAACAAAAAGGGUAUGCUUAAUUGGAAUGUCUAGAACCUAUCUAGCAACACAAGAUUCUGCAUUUGAGGAACAGAGGAGGCAGUAUAUCAGGAAACGCCAAUCCUGCAAUGUAAUUGUGGCAUCGGAUAAAAGGGAUGGCUUGCAUCAGGAGCCGAGCCUCUCGGCUGCAAGUGGGGCUGCUGGUCUGGUGCCAUGUGAGGAGGCAUCUCAGGAGAGAGAUGAGAGGACAGUCUUGCCAUCCGGGUUUCUGCCCCGGGGAAAAGAACAAGUAAGAAACUGCACCGCUCUCCCGCAUGCGUUGGUAGACCAGGUGGCUUUGAAAGUAGCCCGUCUGUUGUUAAGUGAGUCGGAACAGAGCCUGCAUGGACACUCCAGCCCAUGGAAUAGAGGAGAGAGUCUUCGCUUGAGUGAAAUUGCCAAACAUUUAGACAAGGACACUUUGAAAACUCUGAAGAAGGAAUGUGGAGGUCUACAGACCUUGCUUAGAAAUAAUUACCAAAUUUUUAAAGUUCAAAAUGGGAAAGUGCAUAUUCGUGACUGGAGAGAAGAGGAGCGGCCCAGGAAGCAAAUGCGGGGCCAGCAUACGAAACGCCAGCUGCCUUCUCGAGCCAUUAAAACACGCCUGUGUUGGUUUUACGUGCAUCACCCUCAGGGCUGCCCUCUGACUUCAGCAUCUUGUUCUUACGCUCAUGGCGCUGCAGAGCUGAACCAAAGAAAAAUGACACCAAGCAAUAAGGAGCUGCUAGUUCAGUUUCACUAAAUAAAAUGUCUGUCAGAAAGAGCAUCUCUCUUAAUAUUACGAUUGCAGCUUCUAUAUUCAUUCUGUUCCAUAAGACAAAAAGAACUCCC